AUGUUAUCGGAUGUUCACAGGGUGAAAUGUAGUCACCGCUUUGUGAAACCUGUUUUGAAUCAAGCAGGCAAAAAGAAAAGAAGAAGGCUUGCACGUCAAAGGAAGGCAGCUGCUUCAGGAUUAACACCCACCGGAUAUCUAAGGCCUCUAGUACAUAUGCCCACUAGGCGUUAUAACUAUAAGCUUAGAUUUGGACGUGGUUUUACUUUACAGGAAUUAAAGGCUGCUGGCUUGGGAAAGAAGGUUGCUAGAAGCAUAGGAGUCUCAGUAGAUCACAGAAGAACAAACAAGUGCUCAGAAAGCUUAAACCUCAAUGUAAAUAGACUUAAGACUUAUCUCUCUAAGUUGGUCCUAUUCCCAAGGAAGAAGCAUGCCAAGAAGGGUUUCGCAGGACUUCCAUCUGACACUCCUAGAGAAAAGUUACGUACAAUGGCCCUCACAAAGCAGUCAGUUAAGAAGGUUAUGCCUGUUGUCCAGGAAUUCGUUUCAGAACCCCCAAGAGAAGUAACAGAGAAAGACACCAGCACCAAUGUUUAUCACAAGCUGCGUGUCGCAAGGAAGGCUGCAAAGGCAAAGAAGUCAGCAACAACCGAAUCAUAA